AUGAAAAACAGCCAAGAGGAACUGGAGGAAAUUUCGAAGACACCAGAACCAUCAACUUCAUCGGCGGCUGCAAUUACAUCUCCAGUUGUCCGACAAAAACGUCUCCGCGCACCCAUUUGGGCAAGAUGUAUUCAGUGCGUGCAUGUUAAACAGCGUUUUCUAAUAUAUGCUGAUGAGUUUUUAUUCGUCAGCAUCACUUUGAUGUCCGCAUGUGAUUUGUAUUGUAGUCUCCAAUGGUUAGAGAUAUUUCGUUAA